AGACCAGCCAGCUCCAGCUCCAGCUCCAGCUCCAGCACGCCAUGUGGAAGAUCGCAGCCGCUCUCGCGCUCCUGGUGGCCGCCGUCGCGGCGGCGCCGGACGGCGACAAGUACACCACUAAGUACGACAACGUGGACGUGGACGAGAUCCUGCACAACGAGCGCCUCUUCAGCAAGUACGCCGACUGUCUGCUGGACGAGGGCAACGAACGCUGCACCGCCGACGGCAAGGAGCUCAAAGUGCUAAUUCCCGACGCCCUUCAGAACGAGUGCGCCAAAUGCAACGAGAAGCAGAAGGAAGGCGUCGAGAAGGUGAUCAAGUUCCUGGUGAAGGAGAAGAAAGACAUCUGGGAGAGGCUGAGGGCCAAGUACGACCCAGACGGCAGCUACUACAAGAACUACGAGCACUACCUCAAGGAGUGACGCGGCACCAGAAACCACGACCACAAACGGCACACCAACCUUGGAGGAUCACACUUAUGGACGCACGCACUCACAGGGCGAGAGCCGCUCUUUCACCACAAUAAUACAGAAAAGUGGAAACCAUGUUGAAGAAUGAUCUGAAUCACGUUAAAUCACUUAUCUUACUUCCCAAGCAAUCAAUAAAUUCACUGUGGCAAAUGA